AUUCCUUUAAAGGCGUAUUUAAAGCCCUGGCUUCAGUUGCACGAGUAGCGGAGAACCUAUGCAACAAAAGCUGCAGCAGAGCCGAGAGACUGUCCGACCGCUGAGCGGACAAAAACACGGAGCAAGCGACUGACACAACCCGGCGAGGUACGACUGCAGGGCUUAAAAUUGUAGUCUGGACCAAAACGUCCACGUCUCAAUUAAUGAAGCUUUUAAGGCCUUUUGACUGAUCAGCCAAUCGAUGGGGAUUUUCAGAGGAGCUCCGCCCACCUUUGCUGCCUGCCCUCCUCCUCCUCCUCCCCAUUCCUCCCACGGACUCUUCUUUGCCCCCACCCACUCCAUCAUCCAGACCUCCAUCCAGCCCUCAAUCCAGCCCUCUAUACACAAAAUGACUCUGAAACUUACUGAAUGGUCUUCUAUAUGGAUUUUUACAGCUUGUAAUAGACAGUAAGAAAAAGAGGGAGAAACCUCAAUGACAAAAAAGCCAUAAACACACACACACACACACACACACACACACACACACACACACACACAUACACUCUUACACAUACAGUACACACACAAACACACCUGACACACACAGAAAGAAGCACUUUUUCUUGGAAUGUACCGCACAGUCUUCCUGUGAAAAUUCAACUGCUUCCUUAAUUUCUCUGGAUUUUCUACAAGCCUUUGGAAAGCUGAUUUUCUUUUUUAACUCUGGGGCAAAACAAAAAGCCGAAAGGGGGAUCAACACAUAUUGAAUUGUUAGCUGCAGUGUUUUGGGAGGACAACUUGUUCAGAGGGACAACUGAUUGCUGAGUUUUUGGUUUUGUUUUCUUUGCAUUAACAUGCCAGAUCAUAAAUAAUAGAUCUGUUUUUCCUUUGUUUAUUUAUUGACACUAUCCGUCACAGGUUUUUUUUUCUUCGUUUUUAUUCUAGUGGUAUUAGCACUGCAUACAUUUUAAAGCAGUAAUAGAUUAUACUACUAUAUCAUCAGCCAGUUAGUACCACGGGCUGCAAUUUGUUGCUUGUAAAGAUUGUAAUUAAGUCACUACUAUUUUUAUAGAAACUACAUGUAACUUGAUACCUAGUUUAAGGAAGCAGGGACGUAGUAUUGUCUUUUUCCUUUGGUAGCUACAGGUAAUUGUUUUCCGAUUUGUCAGCUUGUUAGAGGGGGAGGGGCAUUGUUUUUUUUUUCAUUGCAUGCAUGCCCUCCACCAUGCCUCCCCAGAACACAGAGGCCGAUGCUAUGCAGGUCGGAUCUCUGGUGGGCGGGGUUAAUGGCAAAAACUCUGCAGCAUCAGGCUUGGGCGAGGAGAAAGGAGGAGCAGGAGGCGAGGCGCAUGGAUCAAGGGGCAGCAGAGGUCGAGGAGGGGAGGAGUCAGUGAGCGAGGGAUCGGUGGAAGGCAUACCCUUGAAGAGAUGGGUGAUGCAUGGGGCCGUGAUGUUCGGCCGGGAGUUCUGCUACGCCAUGGAGACGGCGCUGGUUACACCUGUACUGCUGCAAAUAGGUCUUCCAGAGCAGUACUACAGUCUGACGUGGUUCCUCAGUCCGGUCCUCGGCCUCAUGUUCACUCCUCUGAUCGGCUCGGCCAGCGAUCGCUGCACUCUGCGAUGGGGCAGGAGGAGGCCGUUUAUCCUGGCUCUCUGUAUAGGGACUCUGUUAGGAGUGGCAUUGUUUCUGAAUGGAUCGCUGAUAGGUUUGGCCAUGGGUGAUGAGCAGGGGAGACAACCAAUAGGAAUUGUUCUUACUGUGCUGGGGGUGGUGGUGUUGGACUUUUCUGCGGACGCAACAGAGGGACCAAUCAGAGCGUACCUGCUAGACGUGGCAGACACGGAGGAACAAGACAUGGCCCUUAACAUCCAUGCUGCCUCAGCAGGUCUUGGUGGUGCGGUCGGCUACGCCCUCGGAGGUUUAGACUGGACGCACACCUUCCUUGGAGCAAUCUUCAAGUCCCAGGAGCAAAUCCUGUUCUUCUUCGCUGCCAUCCUCUUCUCCAUCUCUGUCGUUUUACAUCUCUUCAGCAUCGAGGAGCAGCAGUACUCGCCCCAACAUGACAGGCUGGAGCAGGAGACUCCAGAUCGCACCAAACUGCAACCAUCGACCAAUGGCAGGACUGGACUUCCCGCCCCCAAGCUGGAAUUGAUUGGAGAGGAUGAAACGAUGGACAGCUAUGACCUCUAUGACCCCUGUGGAGACAACCUCUCAGAGCGUGGAGAUAUGGACAUGGACUUCCUAGAGAUGGAGCUUGUGAGAAGUAAAAGUGACAGUGUUCUAGCCAUGGCAGACGCCACUCUCGACCACCUGGACCACGAAGCGUUGUUCCUGUGCCACAUAGAGCCGUCCAUCUUCGCUGACCGCCUCUCGCCCUAUCACGGCUCGCCUCCUACAAGUGGUAACUUCUUCAAUGCCAAUCGCAGCACUCCGCCACCGCGGUUUGGCAACAUCAGACGCAGCAGCAGUGCAGGAAGUCAAGACCUGCUCCAAACCAACAAACACCAAACACACGCUACCACCCCGAGGAUUUCCCGCCUCUCUGCUUUCCUACAGGAAAUGGAAAAUGACGAAGGUGAGGAGGCGUUACUGAACAACCAACUCAAUGAGCAGCGGACACUUAACGGGCGGCUGUUAGCCAGUGUAACUAAUCCUGAUGGGGAUGGCACUAACAUGCUGAGCUCUAAAGGACAGGCACAUCGCGCUGGGAUGGUCAAAGCUUCCAGUACUGGAGCCCCCAUGCGGCAGUCACGUCACCGCCAUGUCUUCUACCGCCAGCCGUCCUAUACCUUCUCCUACUACGGUCGAGUGGGGAGCCACCGCUACCGCUAUCGCCGGGCCAAUGCCGCUUAUCUCAUCAAGCCAUCUCGCAGCAUGAACGACCUGUACGAAGUGGAGGCCAGACACAGGAGGAGUCACAGGCAGAGAAACAGACACCGCAGUGGAAACACCAACUCCUCCAGCGGGGAUACAGAGAGCGAAGAAGGAGAGGUUGAGACCACUGUGCGGCUGCUGUGGCUCUCCAUGCUGAAGAUGCCUCCGGAGCUGCUUCGCCUGUGCGCCUGUCACCUGCUCACCUGGUUCUCCAUUAUUGCAGAGGCCGUCUUCUUCACUGACUUCAUGGGACAAGUCAUCUACCAUGGAGACCCUACUGCUCCUGUUAACUCUACUUUAUUGGAGGAUUAUCACAAAGGAGUUCAGAUGGGAUGUUGGGGACUAGUUAUAUAUGCCAUGACUGCUGCCACAUGCUCAGCUAUCCUUCAAAAGUACCUUGACAAUUUUGACCUCAGCAUUAAGGUCAUCUACAUCUUGGGAACGCUUGCAUUUGCCAUAGGAACUGCUGUUAUGGCAAUCUUUCCUAAUGUGUAUGUUUCCAUGGUGAUGAUCAGCAGCAUGGGCAUCAUCUCCAUGAGUAUCUCCUACUGUCCUUAUGCUCUGCUGGGACAGUAUCACGAAAUGAAAGAGUACAUCAGGCACAGUCCUGGUAACUCCCGGAGAGGCUUUGGCAUAGAUUGUGCUAUCUUAUCCUGCCAGGUGUACAUCAGUCAGAUCUUGGUGGCCUCAGCUCUGGGUGCUGUCGUGGAGGCUGUUGGCAGCGUCCGUGUCAUUCCCAUGGUGGCUUCUGGGGGCUCCUUCCUCGGAUUCUUGACCGCCCUCUUCCUGGUCAUUUACCCGACUCCUAACGGGGAUGGGGAAUCAGCCAAAGCUUCAAAACGGUCCUUGACAAAGCUGGAGAAUCCCAACACCGAUGAAGUGGCUGUUACAGUGGUGACAGAAAAACCCAGCUUCCUGAAACUCAACAAGAAGGGCCAGCCAACCACCACCAUCUCUUCCUGUCACACAGAGAAUGAGUCUGCUCUGUGAUUGGUUGACUUGAGUCGACAGACUUGUUGCUGCAGAACCAACUAACUUCACUUUUGAAACGUUCGCUGAUGGAAAGAUAUACGGAUAUCACUGUCCUCGUCGUGCUGGAGUUUACAGACACAAAGAAGAGAGAGGAAGGCGGUUGGUGUGCGCUUGAUCUACUUUACGUGUCUGUUCUUGCUUUGACAGGCUUUUUCUGAUUCGGUGUGUAUUGAUUUGCUGAAGAAAACAACUUAAUCUGACGUGGGACCAGUGUCACACCAGACCAUCUUACCCUACAAAAAAAGCAUUCAGGUCCCAGUGCUGUUUUCAGCCAUCAUAGAAAUUCCUUCCACAUAGCCCCCACAGACAUUUGACUGAUCCAUCUGGGUCGUCCAGAAGUGAGUAAUCCAUUGGUCAAAGUUUAACGGAGAGGUUGUCUCUGUCUCUCAGGGCCUCAAGGAGGUGCUACUGAGCAGCCACCUGGACAGGAAACUUCAGGGGACUAGCGCAUGCACACACACACACACCCACACACACACACACACACACACACACACACACCCCCCUCUUCAUCUGGGGUAACGCAAUCGAAUGAAUACAUGAAUAAUCAACAUUGUUGACGAACAUUAGUCCUCGAAGCUGCAAUCAUUCAAAAAUGCUGAAAAUUGUUUUUCCUCGCUGUAGAAUCGGCUUGAAUCUUUGCUAAGAUGAUGCAAACGAGAUCGAUGAGAGUGUGUGUGUCUGCUGACGUUUCACCAAAAUAAACCCAAUCACAUACUCAGAUUUUGGUGGAAUUUUACAGCACUCUGCGACAGUAGCUUUAAGACUUCAAGACUUUUGGAAGUGUCAUUUUCUGAAACUAAGAGCCCAAAGCCUGGUUCCUGGGGAAAAAAUUAUUGAUCUUAAGUCCCCAGAUGGAUUGCAAGUGAGUAUUUUUUAUUUUGUUUUGUCCUCCUCCCAAUGGCAGAAGUGCUGAAGUCUUUAAUUUAGCCUCUGCUCCAGGGCAACGUUGACAAUAGGCUCUGCUCAGGAGUUGCCUGUAUAUUGAGGGUCAAGAAUACAGAUGUGUAUUGAGGGAAAUUCCAGGAAAUAAUAAGCGCAGAUGCAAUAUGUGCAGUAUACAGGGCAUUACAAUCCCAAAUAUUAUUUUCAUGAUUUAUUGAGGGCCCAGAAUGAUGCCUAUGUUUGUUUUAAAUAAUCUAGGCUAACCUACAUGCUGCAUGUUGGAGGAGCAGAGAAGAGACAAACCAAACACUAGAGAAGAAGAGGAUAGAGAUGUGGAGUUUUCUCUUCCUCUACCCUCUUGCUUAUUUUUUAUAUUUUAUUUUUUAGAAUAUGCUGUUAGUACAAUGUUAGUCACUAACUGUACAUUAGCUGAGCCAUUGUUUUAAAUAGUGUUAAAUAGCAUUAAGUUUGAAAAGCCUUGCUUUUAAAAUCCUCUUCGGGAGUUGGAUUCAUGCGUCUUAGGUCACCAGCAGGACGGGGAUUCCAGUGGAUCCAGUAACUCUACCAGUAAUCGUCAAGAGUCUGGAAUGGGACACAGGAGUAUUAGAGUGGAUGCUAGAUAUAAUGAAAGAAAAAUAUAUAAUAUAAGAGAGGCAAAAUAAAUUCUUCUUGACUAGUAGCCUAUAGUUUAGGCUUGUUGCUUGAGUCUUAGUGGAGGAUUUACGCUCCUGGUUUAAGUAUCUUGGUUCCACUGUACUGGGCCAAAUAUAAGUAUAAUAUAGUAUUUUAGAUGCUCAUUACAUCUGUGUGUUGUACGCUGAAUUGACAUAGAAGAAGAUACAGGGAUAAAAGAAGGGCUGGGGAAAUGUUUUCACUCUAAAAAAAGUUAUAAAAAUAUUCGGCAGAUAGACAUGAGAGUGAUAUUGACCUUUUCAUCUCCGUAUUUCCAAAAAUGCCACACUGUUCUUUUAAAUGUUUGAACUAAAGCAUAGUUUGAAUUGUUACAAAUUUGCAAAAUGCAUGUCUUAACUUGAUCCAAAAAAGAGAAUGGUGGCAGAUUUUACACUUUCCGAGAGUCCUUGCAGACAGAUUUAUUGAGUUAAUUGAAAUUGCCGGUCUUGAAAACUACAACUUUACUGGUCGUCGACUUGUGAAAAAUCCAACUUUGCCUCCUAAAUAAACAACAAAAUAUCAAGAAUAAUUUACUAAAUUACAGAAAAAGCCAGCGAGCUGACCAGAAUAUAUUAAUUAUUGAACCGAACAGCUUCAGUUAGUUUAAUUAAAGUGUUGUGAGCGAUGGGUGAUGCUCCAUGCUGCCUCUGCUGUUUCAUAAGGGCAAGCGGCAGCAAGUGUGACGGUGGAUGAGGAAGUAAAAUUGUUGACUUUAGCUUUACUUUAACCCGGUUUAACAUUUAUACACAGUGACGAGACAAAUGGGCUCAUCACAAAUAUAUUUCAUUAAAACACAUGCAAGUUCUACAAAUUAAAGCUAAACUUUUAUUAAUACUGCAUCUUGGAAUGUUUCAAUAGCUGACAAUGCUUGACGUUUGAAAAAAAAAAAAACUUGUACUGUAGUAAGAAAGAAAUAUUGAAGAUGUUUUUGUGUCUUUUGUUUUCUGACAAAUCAGAUCUUUGUUGCAAUAAUGGCCUCUGUUAAUCAGCUGGGGGAGAGGAAUGUGUGUGAUGGUUGUGCAGGCUUGUUUGUGGUGGUGAAAUCUGGGUGUUUUUUCCCCUGCAUCUGUCAGGUGAAAGGCUGUGGAUUUGGGUCAGUUUUCCUUUCAGCUCAAUCAGCUGAAACAAGCAAAUUGAAGGAAUCAAAAUGUAAAUUGCAUUGACUUAAUUUACUGAUGAAAGAACGUUUUAUUAUGGUGUGUAUUAGAGCAUUUAACAAAGAAGCUUAUUUUUUGUUUUAGAAGAGAAUUCACUCACUGAUGAUGUGGUUGUUAUUUUUAUUUGGUUGGGUGUUGGUGCAGAGUUUAACCCUGUUUCUAACAGAAUAGAUUCCUUCUAUAAUUUCAGGUACAUUCAGUCAGUCUCAGAGCAGACGAGAGAGAGAGAGAGAGA